GGACAAACGAUAUUGCAUCGUGCUUGCACAGAUGGUUCUUUUGAAAAAGUAAAAGAAUUACUCAGUAUAGCAGGAGCGAACUCAUGUGAACGAGAUAAUGCGGGUUAUACGCCAUUGCAUGAAGCUGCCCUCAGAGGCAAGACAGACAUUGUUCGAUUGCUGUUGGAAUACAAUGCAGAUGUGAACUCUAGAGGAGCGGAUUUGGAUACACCAUUGCACGAUGCAGCCGAAAAUGGACACACUGAAGUCGUUCAACUACUAUUGGAAUAUGGAGCAGAUAUGACCAUUGCCAAUUCAAAGGGACAAACCCCCCUUGAUAUU